UGGGAGACAGUUUGUGCCAUGCCAUCGGUCGGUGAAGAUCGUCGUCGCCUGUAAAAAAAUAGUGAAGAAAAAACGCAGUCGUCUACGAAGUUGAUUUACUAGACAAAGUGUGUUCAAGUGAAUCUAUUGAAUUUCGAGUAAUAAUACAUAAUAAUUAUUCAAAUGUAAUUGGUGUGCGCGAGCCUCUCUAUUCAUGUCUAUAUGUGUAUCUCGGUAGAGCAAGAGAGCGAACGCGAAAAGUGAGAGAGAUAGUGCAAAGGGAUUAGAAUAAUUUAAACGAAUUUGACGCGCACUUGAAAAGCAACUAAAACACAACGAAGAGUGCUGUAAAAAAAAAUAUUACUGAAAGUAACAAGUAAUUAAAAAAAAACAAUAAUAAAAAACAACAACAAGUUUAAUGGUCUUUGGCCGCACAACAAAUAUAUAAAAUUGUGUCAGCAUGUCCAGUUGGAGUUUGGCGAGUGCCGUUUCGCCCACUGUGACGGGCGGUGGUGACGUCAUCAGGCUAAGCAAUCUCAAAGCCGCCGCCUCCGACACGCAAAUCACCGUAACAAGUGCAGCAACAACUUCCACUUCAACAUUUACAACUGGCCGUCCAACAACGCCGGUGCCUAGCAAAAAGUUGGCUUCGAAGCGUCCUCCACACUUGACACUACAAAUCACACCUAAAGCUUCCCCCUCAACUCCUCCCCCUGACCACCAUCCUUAUGGAGCGCCGCUUGCCGUGGAGGAGAACAUUGCUCUCUCGGCCACGCCUUCCAUCUACGGCACACCACUUGGCUCAGUAGCCGGCGUUUCGGCCGAAAGCAAUUCCACUGUCAACAUGAAUAUUGGCAACAACUCGACAACAGCAACAAGCUCAACUAGCCACAGCAACUCAACCACCGGCUCCAUAUUUCCCCAUGAGCAGUACAAAACGAUCAAAAAAAUUGACAUUCAAUUCGAUAAUGUGCGCUAUAGCAGCAGAUUUGGCUUCUUUAAAAGAGAGAAUAAAGACAUACUUUUGGGUCUGACGGGCUAUUUUCGUUCCGGUGAACUGAACGCCAUUGCAGGACCUUCCGGGGCGGGCAAAAGCACGCUGCUGAACAUACUCUCUGGCUACAUCUAUAAGGGCUACACUGGUGACUUUCGCAUCAAUGGCAAACCACGCGAUCUGAAGGCAUUCAAGCCAAAUGUGGCUUACAUCACACAGGAUACAACAUUGCAGGCAUUCCUUAGUGUCAAAGAGGCAAUGCACUUUGCGGCUAAUCUAAAAAUUGGACCACACAUGUCAUCUGCAUCGAAGCGAGAGCGUGUGAACAGCAUACUCCAGGCAAUAGGAAUGUAUGAGACGAGGAAUACGCACACCGGGAAACUGAGUGGAGGUCAACGCAAGCGUUUGGCUAUUGCCCUUGAGCUUGUAAACAAUCCGCCGGUGCUUGUGCUCGAUGAGCCCACCAGUGGUCUAGACAGUUCAACGUGCAAUCAGCUGAUAACGCUGCUCAAGAAACUGGCAAUGGAGGGACGCAAUGUCAUCUGCACCAUUCAUCAGCCCAGUGCACUUACUUUCUCCAUGUUCGAUCAUCUGUAUGCCAUAGCGGAUGGUCAAUGCAUUUACGCAGGCGGUGCACACAAUUUGGUGCCCUUUUUGGGUGCAUUAAAUCUCCACUGUCCCGAGUCUUAUAAUCCCGCAGACUAUUUAAUGGAAAUCGCUACACACGAUUAUGAUACGGACGAUGAGCGACAGGUGGACAAGCUGAUAGCGCUCAUGGACAAUGGACGCAAUGAUGACUAUCGCCAAAGUAAAUCGGCGCGUGUGGCACAGCUGGCCGCGAUGAAGAAAGUCGAACAAAUGAUGUCUUCUGGUCUGAUUACGCCAGUGACAGCGCCUGUGAUGUCACCUGGUCCGUUGCCCUCUAGGAACUUCAAUUUUAAGCCACUGACACCCAUCAAUGAGCUGUCGUCGCGCAUUUGGGAUAGCCAAACGGGUGGCAUGACCAGCGAAUCCGAAGGCAAUUGCUGCAAGCCAAAGAAAAAAAAGAAACCUAGGCCAACGAUGCCCUCAAUCGAUUUGGAUCCAGCUCAUCUGUGCAAGCGCGAGAAUAUCUAUGCCACGCCUUUUUAUAGACAGCUCAGCAUCCUAUUGCUACGUACAUUUCUGCUCAUUUGGCGCGACAGCUCGUUGACAACCAUGCGAUUUGGUAUCCAUCUGGCCAUUGGCUUGCUCAUUGGCUUCAUCUAUCGGAACAUUGGCAACGAUGCUCAUCACUCGUUGAAUAUCUUUCGCUACAUCUUCUACACCAUAAUGUUUAUCAUGUACUGUGCUUUUUCUGGAAUUCUCGUCAAAUUCCCUCUGGAAUUUCCAAUUGUUUCGCGGGAACACUUUAAUCGAUGGUACUCGCUGCGCGCCUAUUAUGUGGCUAUAACACUGGCUGAUCUGCCCAUACAGAUUAUCUGCAGCUCGUUGUUUAUCGUGCCUACAUAUUUGAUGACCAAUCAACCGUUGGAGCUCUGGCGCUUUGGCAUGUUCUUUUUGAUUGUGUUCAUGACAGCGCUGGUGGCCCAAAGCAUUGGUUUGGCAGUGGGCGCAGCACUGAGCCUAAAUUUGGGCGCCAUAAUGGGACCAUUCUUCAUCUGCCCAUUUCUCACAUUCAGCGGCUUCUUUCUGCAAGAGAAGGAUGCGCCAUUCUAUUUGCGAUGGAUGUUUGAUGUGUCGUUUUUAAAAUACAGUCUGGACGGAGCCAUGUUGGCCAUCUUUGGUUACGAUCGUGAACGUUUGGAGUGCAACGAGAUGUAUUGCCAUCGGUCGCGACCGAAGUUCUUACUCAAGGAUCUGGACAUGGAGCGUGCCAACUAUCAGAUGGCCCUCUUCUUUCUGCUUGGCCUGCUGGUAAUGCUGCGUAUUCUUGCCUUCUAUAUUAUGUCGUUCCGACUGAGAUUAUUCAGAUGAGAUCCCAUCGAAUUGUACGGCUACCUUAUGCCACAUUCCGUACACAGCUGAUAGAGUUUCUCUGUCUGUUUCUGUUUUGAGUUUUGUUUUACGAGUAUAAUUAUGAUUUCUGUUAGCAUUUAAAUGAUAAUGAGAGAGAGAGAGAGUACCAUGUGCCAAAGAAAUAUGAACAGCGUUACAUAGCAAAUAGCAUAAGGAAAUCGUGAUAUACAUACAUGUGCAAGUAAUCCUCCCCCCCGAUGUUACCCUGAAACCCUAGCGACUUUACAAUCAAUUUUGUAUACAAUUUAUAUCCACUUGAGCAUCCAUUAGCAUAGAAUUGUAUUUUUUCUACAAUCGUAUUAACGACCCAAUCAUAUAUUUGCUUUAUUUUAAGCGUGUGUAAAUAUUUUAUUAAGCUCUGAAUGUUUGGGUGAACUUAUUUUUUAAUAAAUAAU